GGCCGGCGCGCUUCUUCGGCCGUGGAGAACUCCAAGGAGUCAGGUGCAAGGAUGUACAUGCGCGCGGACGUCGAAAUAUUUCACGACACGGGUGUGUAUAACGACGGAGGAUCAUCGUUCCCCGAGACCGACGCGCUCAUCAAAACUCGAGACUACCGGAUUCGGGGACAUCUCCCGUGGUCGAUAUUUCUGAGUGAUGUUUUGAGCAGCACACCGCACGGAAAGAUGAAGACUGCGGUCGGUACAUUCUUUCUUUUGCUCGUCAUCAGCGGCGUCGUCUCCGUCGAAUGGAAGCACAGUGCUGUCCUGGACAACAAUUUCUUGGUGCUCUGGACGCCCGAUGAGAAGGACGUUACAUUCGAGAUCCAAGUGAAGACCCUCGGCUACGUCGGGCUCGGUUUCACGAAGGAUGAUGGCCGCGCCGGAGCUGACAUGGUCAUCGGAUGGGUCGAUAACAACGGUCAGGUUCACCUUCAAGACCGGCACGUGAAGGACGCCAGCAGAGAUCCGCAGAUGGAUUCGAGCCAGGACUACCGACUCUUACUGGGUUAUGAGAACAAGACGCACACAGUGCUCCGCUUCAGUAGACGAUACGACACAUGCGACCCGCGGGACCUGAAAAUCACGAACGACACGAUGCAAGUGGUGUGGCAAUAUCACGUGGAGGAGCCGGUAUCAGCAGCCGGUAUCUUACCUGAUCACGGGGCAGUGCGAGGAUCGAGACCGUUAUACCUGGUGCAAAGAGAUGCACAGCCCAGACGAAGUUCGCGUAAUCAGGAAACGGAUCCGCCUCUGAAGAUCUGGGACAUUCUGAACAAGCAGGUUCGUUUACCCAUGGGGCAAGACACGCUGCUCUGGUGCCGUGUCCUGAGGAUGCCGAGCAUUAAUCAGAAACACCACGUCGUGAAGUACGAACCAGUUAUUCAGCCGGGAAGCCACGAAUACCUUCACCAUAUGACCCUGUAUGAGUGCCGCGGAGAUCAAGCCGAAUUGGAAUCCGCGGCCGAAACGACCGGGGGUGUCUGUUAUGUUCCUGAUAAACCCACAUUCCAGUGCAACACGAUCGCAGCUACUUGGAGUCUCGGUUCUGAGGGCUUUAAUUAUCCGCCGGAGGCCGGAUAUGCGCUCAAUCCGUACGCGGGGCCGCGCUACUAUAUGUUGGAGACCCACUACACGAACCCGCAGCUGGACGCCUUCAUCAGCGACAGCAGCGGCCUGCGUCUUCUCUACACCGAUCGACUGCGCCUCCAUGACGCUGGUAUCCUCAGUGUUGGCAUCGAUCCGAACUGGCGGCACAUAAUACCGCCCGGUCAGCCCGAGGUGGUCUCUGAGGGCCACUGCAUCGCCGAUUGCACCGGUCAGACGAUACCGAACAGCGGCAUUAACAUGUUCGCCGUGAUCAUGCACACCCACCAGCUCGGCAGAAAGGUCCGCCUGCGGCAGAUCCGCGCCAGCGAAGAGCUGCCGCCGAUCGCCGCCGACACCAACUACGAUCCCAAUUAUCAGGAGUAUCGGAGGCUUCAGAGACCGGUCAAGGUGUACCCGGGCGAUCAUUUAGUCACCGAGUGCACGUACUCGUCCGAGUCUCGUACGGCCAUUACGCUCGGCGGCCUGGGAACGAGAGAAGAAACUUGCCUGGUGUCCGUUCUCUAUUAUCCUCGUAUUGAAUUAUCUCUUUGUUAUUCAUUGCCUUCGCUACCGACGGUGCUGCAUAGCUUGGGAAUCCAGAAAUUAAUACAGGCUUCCAGUCCGGUGAUGAUCCAGGAGCCGCCAAACUUAAAAGGCAUGACGCUCGAGGAACGACUAGUCAGCUACGACUGGGAGACGAAUUUUCAAAGCUUCCAGGAAGCCACUCGAAGCGGCACGUUUAAGCCGUUAUGUGGCAGCAGUAAAGGCGCCCUGCCCGGCACAGAAAACCUCGAGGUGCACUACCCACGCAUCCUCAGGCCCUACGAGGAAGCGAGCGUGCCCUGCGCGAAGAAGCCACUGCGGAACAAACUGUCGAUGUUGCUGAGCGAGGACGGCGAUAUUGGUGCGCCCGUUGAUCCUGACAGCGACGAGUCGAACGCAGUCGAGCGAGGUCAAUUGGUGCGUAGCAAGGUGUCCCGCAGCAGCGACGCGGGUCCCACAGCUGGUAGUUCCUGCGGCCGUACAGUAUCGGCGGCUGUGAUCCUGGCCGCCGUCACUGUCGUUGCCGGCGCUGCGUUCAGGUGAACGUCGCCGCCGGACGAGCGGUCGUUCGAGUUCACUCGGAUCCAGGAUCGCCUUGGUGAUCAUCCAUCGCGAUCGAAUGGCGGACCGAGCAACAGCAGCAGUAGCAACUGGCGCGUGCGUAUGUUCGCGUAAGUAUAUGCCAAUCUCAGCGACGCGAUACUUAGGCUUAGAUAAAUGUUAUUGUUCUCCGACCGAACGCACCCGGGAGCGCAUUCGAUUCUCGGGUGAUUCGAUCAGUGGGCUCUUUUUUUCGAAGUGGAGCGACCUUUCCGAUAUGACUAGCGGCUGGCGCAAUCUUCGUCGUGUACCAUAUCGUGUUUCAUACUGGAUAGUUAAUAAAAGUUUCAGCCAUUCGGCCUUCGUUACUUACUCCGAUACUGAAUAGUGAAAUGUUUAAAGUGAGAUAAUCGAAGCUAACUCGAUAUAUUUAAUUUAGGAGUGCUAUAAAUGCUCGAAAA